CUUCGUGCUGUUAUUCUCCUGUAAGAAAGGCAAUUCAAUAGUUACCGGGACAUCGAUGAGAAGCCACGAUGAGCGAAUCCGUGAUCAUAAAAGCGAACGCCAAGAGUCAUAGCGAUUACAGUCUACAAAUAAAUCGUUGGAUAUUAAAACCGAUCGGUGCCUGGCCAUAUUUCUCCACUACGUCGACACGCGAAAGAGUCAUUUCCUUGUUUUUAAUCGUUUUCUGCUACGUCAUUAUACUGUUCAACAUAAUUCCUUGCGUCGCUCAUUUAAUCUUCGUAGGUGAUAGUUUUUAUAAAAAAGUAAAAGUAUUUGGUCCUCUGACUCAUUCAUUUCUCGGUGGAAUCAAUUACACGAACCUGCUGUUUCGGGGCAGAAAUAUCAGUGACUGUGUGGAACGCAUUGAAACUGACUGGCGGAUGGUGAAGAAAGAGGACGAGCAACAAGUAAUGUUGAAACACGCGAAGUUUGGCCGAUACGUGUCGACUAUGUGCGCGAUCUUCGUGCAUAGUGGUAUCAUGUCUUACUGUAUAGUAAGUGCAUCCAAUGUGCAGAUCAUCAAAGUUGGCAACGAAACAAGGACCAUACGUACAUUACCUUUUGAUGUUUACAACAAGAUGAUCCCAGUCGACACGAGUCCCGCGAACGAAAUAGUCCUCGUAGUGCAGUUUCUAUCGGCUUUCAUCGCCGACUCCAGUGGAAUUGCAUUUUACACCCUCGCGAGUGUCUUGGCCGCACAUGCUUGCGGUCAACUGGGCGUGUUAACGAUUUGGAUCAAUGACUACGUGAAUGAAGCUGGAAACAGAAAGCAGGUUGCUUCUUUUAGAAAAAUUGAAACGAUCGUAAAACAUCAUCUGAGAAUACUAGAUUUUAUAGCACGUAUAGAGGAAAUAAUGAGCUGGGUAUGCAUGAUAGAGUUGUUUAGAUGCGUUUUGGCAAUAUGCAUGGUUGGGUAUUAUAUCGUUACGGAAUGGUCCGAUCAUGAUGUUCGAAGCCUCACCUCUUAUUUCGUAAUAUGCGCAUCACUCACUUUCAAUACAUUUGUAUUAUGUUAUAUCGGCGAAGUGCUAAUAGAACAGUGCAUGAAAGUUGGUGAGAUAGUCUAUAUGACAAAUUGGUAUUUCUUACCCAGGAAAAGAAUCCUUGAGUUGAUUUUGAUCAUCGCAAGAUCGAGUGUGGUCAUUGAAAUCACUGCAGGAAAAUUAAUUCACAUGUCCAUACACACGUUCGCUGAUGUACGUCACAUUAUUGUAUGUAUCUACGAAUAUGUAUCUUUCUUUGCAGACUAGAAAAUUUGCUAUUCCAGGUGAUGAGAUUGGCCUUCGCGUAUCUUAAUAUACUGUGUCAAAUGACAUGACUGAAUGCACUU